AUGGACUGCCAAGCCAACCGCAAGUACAUAGCCAAUGUCAUUCCUCCCAUCUUCUACAUACUGACCCUCCUGGGCGUCAUUGGGAACCUGGGCAGUGUAUGGGUCUGCCUGCGCCACGCCCAACCCUGGAGCAUAGGCUCCAUCGGCGUCCUGAACCUGGCCCUGUGCGACCUGGCCUACCUGGCCUCCAUCAUCCCCUGGGCCGUCUACAUGAGCGCGGACUACUACUGGACCAUGACGGAGACCGGGUGCAUCCUGGUGAAGAUCAUGUACUUCGUGGGCCUCACGUCCAGCACCAUGUUCAUCUGCGCCAUCAGCACCGACCGCUUCCUAGCCAUCGUGUUCCCGCUGGAGUCACGCAUGAUCCGCACGCCACGCAACGCCGCCCUGGUGUCACUGCUCCUCUGGGCCAUCACCGCCCUCCUCAUCUACCUCAGCUAUCCCAACAUCCUCUACUGGGUGCGGAGGAGGGACCGUGCCCGCUUCUGCGGGUCGGUGGUCAUUUCGAGAUACAGGUCCACGGGGGCCACCUACAAUCUGCUAUCCUACUACUCCAUACAGGUGUCUGUUCCCUUGCUGCUGGUCAUCCCGUGCUACGUGAAGAUCAUGGCCCGCAUGAAGCAGUCGCAGCAGCAGUGGAGCCACGGUGGCGGCAGCAUGCCGGGCCGGGACAAGUCCAUAUGGCUGAUCUCAGUCUUCAUCGCCAACUUCCUGGUGUGUUGGGUGCCGGGGCAGUUGCUGCACAUCAUCGCCUGUAUCCUCUUCUUCACGCUGAAUGACUGUAAGAACACGUGCUGGGUGGCGCACUGGGUGAAUCUUCUGACGGAGGCGUCACAGUUGCUGUAUGCGCUGAACGCCUGCCUGGACCCGCUUAUUUACCACACUCAGCAAGGCUUUGGGGAAAAGAUGCGUAAGGCGGCGGACAGGGUGGUCUGCCAGGGAAGGAAGUUUUUGCAGUUGGCAAAGAAAGAUGACUUUGGAGGUACAACUGUGGAACCCAUCAGUGUGAUCAAAAUCAACAGCAGUCCAAAGAAAAAGAAUAAGCUUGUUGAAUAA